AUUGGCAGAACAAAACGGAAUCCAAAAAGUUUUCAACAGCUCAGAGAUUUUCACUUUCUGGUGUAUUUAAUUUCCAUCGGCAAUUUGCGCUUUAUAGCUGCUCAAGGGCAAAAAUCAUAUCAAAAUACUAAAAGUGGUAACAAUCAGUAUCCAAGGAGGAUGAAAAUCGUUUUUGUUAAGGAAUAAAAGGCGUAAAAUAGUUGGAAGAGUCAACGACGGGUACCGUCUGUAUGUAAGUGUUUUGCAGAAGUCGCUAAAUGCAGCGCAGCGCAGCGUAGUGUGGAGCUCUAGUGAAAAGAGGUAGAAAAUUUGUCCGCUGCGAUUGUGGGGGGCAACGGUGGAUGAGUAUACAUCGACAGCAACAGCAGUCGCCGCCGCCAUAGAAGAAGAGGCAGCAGAGGCACGGUGCUGUGACAAAAUUGCGUCCGAAAAUGCGAAAGUGAAGAAAAAGUGAAAUUCCGAAAUUGGAAUUAAUAGCGACGACAGACAACGACAACGACGAAAAGAGAUCGUGGAAGGAUGAUAGCGUGAACUGGGGGAGAAAAAGUGACAUAGAGUAGGAGUCAAAAAGAUAAUUGCAGAAAAUGAAAAAAAUCAUUGUGAAACGAAAGACGAAUGGAAAACCAUUGUUGAAAUUACAAUUCGAAAACGCCAAUUAACACUUCGCUUUUCUUAAAAGCAGAUUUUUUUUUUGCCGCGCAGAAUUAAGCGAACAAGAAUUGAAGUAAAAAGGGGAGAACAAAUACAAUUGUAGGUGCUAUCUUAUAUUGUUGCGCGUUUGCUUACCAAAUCUGCCCUUGCCUCGCCUACGUCAAAAUAUUGUGUGAGCGUACAAAUACUACUAACUGUGCUUUCGUGCUUUAUUAAUAUUGUAAAAACAAAAAACAAAAAAAAAAAACAUUUUCAUCGCAUUGCUUGCAGCGCUCUUACUUUGAUGAAAUUAUGCUGAAAUCGUCUUCUAAUGCACAGGAACUGCGGCUGUCCCGACCAGAGACCACAGUACCAACAUCGACAAUCACAUCAGCAGCUGGAGUUAUGGAUACAUUGAAACCAUCAUUUAUACCAAGUUUAGCAAUGGAUGGCGGGGUUAUCACAUCACCGAUCUAUUGUCCGAUGUGCGGGCAACAUUUUGAUAGACCUCAACAUGCGCAAGAACAUAUGCAAUUAUGCCAUCCCAUGAUAAGUGGUGGAGGUGGUGGUGGCGUUAUUGGUGGCGCCGGUGCAGGUGUAGGUGGUCUGUUACUAGGCGGUGUGCCGCAACCUAAUGUACCAGUCAGUGAUCCUAUGAAAAUCGAGUAUCCCUGUAUGAGUUGUGAAGAGAAAUUUGGCUCCGCGCAAGAUCUUGAUGAACACCAUCGUAUCAUACAUCAAUCGGCGGCGUUCUUGGCGCGUUGUAUGGCCUGCGGUAUUUAUGGCAUUUCGUCUGUAACGCUGCACGAAGGUGAUGAAUUUAAAUGUAUGCACUGUGGUUCUGUAUGUACUGCCUCGAAUAUGACUGCGGCUCAACAGCCACCUUAUAUGGAUCAGCCUGAGCCGCCGCAAACACCAGAGGAAAUGCCCUCGAUACCACCUGAAGAGAUGAACACUAUACCACCAGAGGAGUUGAACUCCAGACAAAAUCAACAACAUCAGCGACAACAACAGCAACAGAGACAACAACAACAACAGCAGCAGCAACAACAACAACAGCAUCAUCAGCGACAACAGCAACAACAGCAACAACAACCGGAUUUGUUGGAACGUCAACGCCAACCGCAGCCUGAUUUACUAGAGCAGCAGCAGCAGCAGCAGCAACAGGCUCAACAGCAACAAGCACUAUCGAAUCAACAGCAGCAACAGCAACAACAGCAACAGCAACAACAAACUCAAUUAAAAGUACCGCCGUUAACCGUAAAACUGAACAAAGGCAGCAAUGGCAGCACUGAGGGUCAUCCACAUGUGAUAAUCAAGGAGGAACCGCUCGGCAUCAGCGAUGGAAACGGUGACAUAGAGCAGGCAUCAGUACCGGUGUAUACAAUUCAGCAACCAGUUGGCGCUACCAGCGUAGUAGUUAGUACCUCAACAGCUACAGGUGGAACUAAUGCCACCGGCACAACGGCACCGGCAGGUACAGGCGGUGCCACAGCUACAACAGCUGCAGCGAAUAAAGUACGCCACAAAUGUCCAGAAUGCCCGAAGACCUUCAAAACUCCCGGCACAUUGGCAAUGCAUCGCAAGAUACAUACAGGCGAAGCAGACGUCACGCCCAAAGAACGCCCAUACACGUGCUCCUACUGCGGCAAGUCAUUCACCCAAUCGAACACCCUCAAACAGCACACGCGUAUUCAUACAGGUGAGAAACCCUUCAAUUGUGUCUACUGUGAGAAACGUUUCAGCGUCAAGGAUUACCUCACCAAGCACAUACGCACACAUACUGGCGAAAAGCCCUAUACCUGCCCUUAUUGUGACAAGCGUUUCACCCAACGCAGUGCACUAACGGUGCAUACAACCAAGUUACAUCCACUCUAGGGAAGACCGAUUGGCAAGGGUAGCCGUGG